UGAAUUUUAGGUCCAAAACCCCGCACGCAACCCUUUCCCUCCUCUAGAACCUUCAGACUUGAGAGACAGAUAGAGAAACUUUUUGCGGUGUUGUUGUUGAGAGAAAGGAAGGAGAAAGAUGUCGCAACGAGGAGGAACAAGGGGAUCGAGUACAGUGAAACAACCAAUUGGACAGAAGAAAUUGACUAACGUUGCUGUUGUUCGUCUUAAGAAACAUGGGAUGAGAUUCGAGGUUGCUUGUUAUCAGAACAAAGUCCUUUCAUGGCGUUCUGGAGUAGAGAAAGAUGUUGAUGAAGUAUUGCAGUCACAUACUGUGUACUCUAAUGUUUCUAAAGGAGUACUAGCUAAGUCUAAAGAUAUGAUUGCAGCCUUUGGAACAAAUGACUUAUCAGCAAUUUGUACGGAGAUUAUGCAGAAAGGAGAGCUUCAAGUUGCUGGGAAGGAAAGAGACUCUCAGUUAUCAACUCAGAAAAGGGAUAUUGCGACCAUAGUCAUGCAAAAAACGAUUAAUCCAGAGACUCAACGUCCAUAUACUAUCAAUAUGAUUGAGAGUCUUAUGGCGGAAAUUCACUUUGCUGUUGAUCCGCAUAACAGCUCAAAGAAACAGGCCUUAGAAGUUAUCCGUGAGCUUCAGAAGCGCUUUCCCAUCAAAAGAGCCCCAAUGAGAUUAAGGCUCAUCGUGCCUGAAGAGAGUUCGCCUUCUCUGAUGGAAAAGCUCAAUGAAUGGAAUGCAGAAGUUGUUUCGAAAGAUGAAUCUGGAAAUCAGCUUUCAUUGGUCUGUGAGAUUGAGCCUAGUAUUUUCCGAGACUGUGAAGCUUUGGCCAGGAAUUUACAUGGUAGGUCAGAAAUACUUGCUGUAUCAGUGCACUUCGAGAAGGAUACCAAUGUUGACCAUUUCGAUGAUCAUGAGGACUUCAUUGAACCAAGUCAUCACCCUACAGUAUCACUGAACACUGCAGAGUUGGAUGAGAUCAAAUUAAGUGAGGCAUUACAGAAACAGUCGAUUUCCGAAGCAAGUAAUGUUGCUGAUAAGAUAGUGCCCACAGUUAAUGAUGAUGCUAAAAAGAAUAGUGCUGAAGUUGAAGUAGUAGAGGUGAAGCAGAGCAAAUGUAGCACGUGCAAUGCGUUUGUUGGGGAUGUCAAGCAAUACCGUGAACACUUCAAGAGCGAAUGGCACAAGCACAAUCUGAGGCGAAAGACUAGGCAACUCCCUCCACUCACUGCUGAUGAAUGCGCAGCAAGUAUAGAUAUGGGUGAUGCAAAGUCUGAUUUGAAAGAGUAUUCAUUUUAAGAUCACUGCCACCUAUCUCUGGCUAAAAUCUGUACAUCGUAGUAGUUUACUGUUUCUAUAUGGUGCUAUGUACACUGAGAAGUUAACCGUGUUUGCCAGGUUUUAAGAAAGAGGGUUUCGUUAACUUCAUGUUAUAUCUUGUUUUGUAACUAGGAGUAAAUUGUUGAAAGGAAGAUUGAAAGAAGAAUGCUGUCUGGAGUCUUCUAAUUGGAACUUUUGCAAAACCAAAUAUACUUUUUGUCGAAGAAUUGGACUUCACAUUUAUUGCUUA